AUGUAUCCGCCGGUGCAAGAGAGGCCAUUCCAUUUGGACACCCAGCUGAUAUCCAUGUCAAUUGAGUUCUGCUAUGCAGUCGACUACCUCGGGACACCAGGCGCUCCAAAUACGUACUCGAGACAGUUACUUCAGAAUGUCCAAGACAGAUCCGGUGCCCCUCCUAUCCUUCGUAUUGGCGGAAAUACACAGGGCAUAGCCAAAUACUGCGAGAAUUGCCCAGAGACUAUGAACAAUACAUUCAGGCCUGGAAGCACCGAAGCCAUCAACGUCACGUACAGCAAAAAACUGUACCAGGCAAUGAACGACAAUGGGCCAUCGAACCAGAAGUACAUCUUUGGGCUAAAUCUGGGACAAGACAAUGUCGAGAUUCUAAAGGCAGAACUUGCCGGAGCCUUGAAAUACCUCGAUCAGUCCAAGCUUGUUGCUUACGAGCUUGGGAAUGAACCCGACCACUAUACUUGGCCACAGGUCAAUUACCGGUCCCCAGCAACCUGGAGCAUGGCUGCAUAUGUCAAGCAGACACUUGAGUGGCUACCACAGCUGGCCUCUGGAAAGAGAUUUCAGUACGGUUCUAGUGCCGCAAAUCCAACUACUACAUCGGACUUCACAAUGGUGCAAGCUGUGAAGUGGGGAAUUUCAAAGAUUAAGCAGAUCAAAAUCAUAUCCUCGCAUUCGUACCCUGGAAAUCGAUGCACACCGGCAUUUGAAGCACUUUUGAACCUCGAGAACUACGUCAAUCAUAUGAAAACCGUACAGUACUACUCGUCCUACAUCGGUGAGAUUGCUGCGGCAAAGGCCAUCGGAGCAGUCUACCACAUGGGCGAGACGAACACUGCGGCCUGCCACGGCAAAGAUGGCAUAUCUAACACCAUGGGUGCACUACUCUGGACAAUCGACUAUUCGUUCUACCUUGCAACUCUUGGAGCAGACAGACUGUUCUUCCACAACGGAAAGGGCGACUUCUUCCAUUCGUUCUGGGAGCCUGUCGCGUUGAACGACUCAUAUUACAGCAUGCUCUUCGCAGCCGAUGUAGUCGCCGAUAUCAAGAACCCCAGCAUUCACCGCGUCGCCUCACUCGACACCUAUGAGCUCGCCCACUACGCCAUUUACAGCGGUUCUCGACUCCAAAAGAUGGUCAUCCUCAACACACAUUACUACAAUGGCACGACGGAGACCCGUCCAGCGAAAUACGUGGAUCUGUCGCCAGUCCUUGGCAGGAAUCUUCAGGUUAAGCGUCUGACGAGCGCGAAUACCAUUGCUAAGACUGGUACCACUUGGGAAGGACAGUCUAUUGAUGGAAAGGGAAAGUUGGUUGGUCGGGAGACGUGGGAGGGGAGUGAUGGUGGUGUCGUGACGAUGUUUGCUUCAGAGGCUGUAAUUGUACAACGGAAGUAA